GUGUUUUGUGAAUGUGAUGUAAAGGAAAAGUUUGUAAAGGCAUAGAGAUAAAGCAAGAAGACGUGGCAAGAAAAUAGUGGUUAGAAAAGAUGUGUUGAGAUAAGGAAAUGGAUGAUGUCUUCAAUGGAAAGAAUCAACAUGAACCUUCAAUCACUUCACUUCCUCCCACACUCCCAAACAUAAACUACAUCCUAUUUCUCCUUCACCCAAUUCCUCAACUUAUCAACAAUCUCUCUAACCCCAAUUUCUCAAAUUUCCUAAAUAUGGCUUCCAUGGCUAUGACAGCUUCCUUCCUCCCCACCACCGCCACCAAACAACCCUCCGCCACCCCCCGUAGAGCCCUUAUUGUUGCCAAAGCAUCCACCUCUAACGAAACCUCCAAUGUCAACUUGGAGGUCAAGAAUGUGAAGGUAGAGAGCAGGCAAGGGCGGCGGGAGUUGGUGGCGGCUGCUGUCACAGUAGCUGCGGCAACCUUGGCGAAGGCGGCGAUGGCGGAUGAGCCGGCACGUGGGUCUCCUGAAGCCAAGCAGAAGUAUGCUCCAAUCUGUGUCACAAUGCCUACUGCCCGUAUUUGCCGCAAGUGAUUUUGAAGAGAUGUAUUUUUUUUCUCUGUUGUCUUUCUUCUUCUUGUCUAUUAAAACCCUUCCAUUUGGUUUCAGACUUUGGAGUUUGAUUGUAAAAUCUGUAAAACAAAGCUAUGAAUUGCCAUGAAUCUCUCUUCAUGUCC